AUGAACAUGUCAGAUUUUGGACGAAAAGAAACUCUCUCAUUCCCUCAACCGAAAGGAUUAGCGGUAAAUUCAAUAGGUUAUUAUGAAUCUACUGAUGGUUGGCGAUUAUUUGCUGGCCGAAAAGAUGGUUCCAUAGCCGUGUACGGGUCAGGAUCUAGUGAACCGUUGACUGUACUUACCCAACAUUCCUCGAACGUGUGUUGCCUCUAUGUUGAUGAGAAGAAUCAUAUUCUUCUUAGUGGAUCAUGGGACAACAAUGUUAUUGUUUGGCCAAUCAAGGAACUUGGUAGCCCAGAAUUUCCUGCUCUGCUUCUCAAUGGGCACAAGCUUUCAGUUUGGGCUUUGGCUGCUAUUGAAUCGUCUCCUGGCUACUACCUCACGGGAAGUGCAGAUAAAACCAUUAAGUUAUGGCGAGAUGAUAACGAAGUCAGAACGUAUACAGGGCAUACUGAUGUUGUUCGAGCUCUGCUUGUGAUUUCUGAUGAUCGAUUCCUCUCAGCUGGUAAUGAUUCCACAAUACGCAUGUGGCAUACUGAAACUGGCGUUUGUCUUGCUACUUAUACUUCUCUCGUCGACACUUUUAUAUUUUGCUUGACCUUGGUUGACUCAAAUAUUAUCUCGUGCAGCGAAGGUGGUCACGUCGAAGUUUGGAAACCUUUGACUGUUGAAGAACAGCAUAGCUUGGUUCAUAACCAGAUUGUGCAGUUGCCGGCACUAACGGCUUGGGCAGUCAAAGGCCUUCCGAAUGGUGACGUUGCAUGUGCUACAAGUGAUGGCCGUAUAUACGUGUUGACACAAGAAGCAAAUAGAAAAGCGUCAGCUGCUGUUCUCACUGUCUUUGAUGAUGCUCAAGUGUUACAGGCAAAUGAAACAGUUGUUAUCAAAGUUUCUCUUGAUGAUGGUGCACCUAAUAUGGAGCUUCGCUACACAAAAGGAACGGAUCCAACUUUGGCUGCCGAAAAGUUCAUUAAGGAUUACAACCUGCCAGCAUCGUAUUUAAAUGAAAUUACGGAUUAUAUCGUGGCGCACGUUCCAGAAGCAGCCGCUGCUGCACGAAAAAAGCACAAAGUGCAACCUACUCAACGGGUUACGGUAGACGGGAAGGAAUAUGACUAUGUCUUCGACGUCACUGUGGAUGAUGGACGUAAGCUUCGACUUCCAUUCAACUUGGAUGAGGAUCCAGAUGUGGCAGCUCAACGAUUUGUUGAAAAACACAAUUUGCCUGUUUCUUUCCUAGCCAAGGUAUCAGGCCUACUGCGUUCUCAAACUGGUGCUUCCGCGUCCUCAUCUAGUCAGCCGUUUUACGAUCCAUUCACAGGGAGCGGUCGAUAUAUUCCUGGUCAGUCUUCUGCAACAAACUCACCAGCAACAGUUGCAGAUCCUUUCACGGGCUCUGGACGAUAUGUGCCUGGAAACUUUGGUGAUGCCCCAGCCCCAGCUGGUGGUGACCCCUUCACAGGCUCCGGAGGAUACAAACCUGGAUCUGUUUCGGGCGAUCUGAUACCUAACGCUUGCCUUCCACAAGAUAAAAAGAGACCUCGUGGUGAAUUGGUGCCAAUGUCAAAUUACUAUCGAUUUGGAGUUGAACAGUUAAGCGCGAAGGCUCACGCGAAACUUGUUGAACUUAAUGAAAAUCAGCCGGUACUGAGGCUAAGCGAUGCUCAGGUUUCGGCUAUAAAGCAAUUAAUGUCACCGGGUGGUCAUACCAUUGAGUAUGACGUUGUGGCGGCUGCACUAGAUGUUGGAUUACAAUGGGCAAUGUGUGAUUUGGUUCCGAUUCUUGAUGCCUUUCGGGUCGCUCUACUUCAUGAGCGGCUUAAUAGUUUCUUCUGUGACAUGAAGGUAAGUCAAGGUAAAGGCGAAAGUACCCAACAACGGCUUUGUGCACUUCUACUCAGUGAAGCUCCAGAUGCCGUAUGUAUUCUUGUCUGCCGAUCAUUAGCAAAUGCCUUUACUCAUCCGUGUGGCCGUGAAAUGCUCUGCCAUGACUUCCAAAAUCUAUUCGCUGUAGUAGUGAAGCAGUUGACGAGCAAUAAGGCUGCCCUACAACUGGCUGCAACUUCAACGCUUGCUAACUGGAGUUUGUUGUUGUUGAACCGGUCGGAAACGGUUGCUGAGUUAGGGCCAAGGGAGGACGCGAUUCGAGGUAUUGUAAAGGUUUGCGAAGCGAUUGACUCAUUUGGGUAUCUCAGUCAAGAUAGUUUGAUUCGACUGCUACAAGCCAUAGUUACUUUCAUGUGGGGAGAUUCGUCAGUAAUCAGCCUCGCGAAGUCGAGGAAUAUGCUACAAAUCGUGAACAGAAUGAAGGAUGCAGUUGUAGAUGAACAAGGCAAAAACAUUGCCCGGGACAUUGUUGAGAUGAUCUAUGCAAUCUAA